CUACCGUUAGAUUGCUGCAUCCGUCCGUACGAGUCUACCGUUGCAUCCGCCUUCUCUCUCCCUCUCCCUCUCCGCAAAAGUGGCGGCAAAUCUGACGAUUCUUCUCCUCCUUUUCCAAAAGUAAUCUGCUAUACAAUGAAGGAAUUCCCAUUCUUUGCUGCAGAUGCAAGAAAACCCAUUACCCAUCUCUCUCUAUAAAGGACCAACCAUUCUCUCUUUAUCUCUUCUCCUCCCUCUUUUUCUCUCUCUCUCAACCAUGGCCAAUAGCACCCAUCUCUCUAUUCACCUUCAUCUCUCCAAUCCGCCUCUACGUUCCGCCUCCAAGUUUAUCAUAAACCAUUGUUCGUCCUUCCUCCCAAAGUCCCAUCUCCGGUUUUCCCUGCUAAGAAGCAAAAGAACUCAAGAAUUUGGGAUCAGGGCCUUACAGGAUGCCGAAGAUGCGGGUUCUUACCUUCACAUGUGGAAGAAGGCCGUGGCGAGGACUGAGAUGGAGACGGCAGAGCAUAAUCAUGUAGACAACGGCGUAGAAGAAUCGGGGGACGAUAUUGAGAAGAAGAGCGAGCAAUUCAAGAAGAUUUUGGAAGUUCCGGUUGAGGAAAGGGACAAGGUGCAGAGGCUCCAGGUGAUCGAUCGGGCAUCCGCAGCUAUUGCAGCAGCAAGAGCAAUACUCUCAGAGAGGCCAUUGUCAGAUGGUUUCUCUGGUUCGAAGGGUUCUGCUUUAAGGCGGACGGGAUCGAAUUCUCGGAUGGGUUCCAGUGGCGGAGAAGGAUUACUUGGUGGCAAUCCAUCUGGCGUUAUCUCUAAUGCCGUCCCUCAAUCAGAAACCUCAAAAAGCAGAGCCCCUGGUCCAGAUUUUUGGUCUUGGUCUCCUCCUAUAGAUGCUAAGCCUGUUUCUGAUGAUGCACUACAUCUGAAAGCUGAAAAAGUGAAGUAUUCUGCUUCUGAUCCUAUUGCACCUGUGAUGGAGAAGGAGAGGUCAAUUGACUCAAUAUCCAUUCCCUUUGAAAGUAAGGUCUUGGAGCCAUUCCAUAGUAAACACAAUCCACCUCUUCCACCACUCCAAUCUCUUGUGGAAGUCAAUGUAACAGAAUCAAGUUUUGAGGUACCUUCUCAUUCAGAAGACAGCGUUGAUGCAGUGUUUUCUACAAAUUCUGCUGUAGCUGCUUCCGUUCUUGGUAGUCAUGAAGAGGCAUCAACCCAUGGAGAGAAUGAAGACGGAUCAAGGUGGUGGAGAGAGACUGGCGUGGAGCAGAGAGCUGAUGGGGUGGUUUGCAGGUGGACUCUAUUGAGGGGAAUCAGUGCUAGUAAAGAUGUGGAGUGGGAAGAGAAGUAUUGGGAGGCGUCAGAUCAAGAUUACAAAGAGCUUGGUUCUGAGAAGUCAGGACGUGAUGCUGCAGGAAAUGUUUGGCGCGAAUACUGGAGGGAGUCAAUGUGGCAGGAUAUCAAAACUGGGCUUUUGAAUAUUGAGAAGACUGCAGAUAAAUGGGGUAAGAAUGGCAAAAAUGAAGAGUGGCAGGAAAAAUGGUGGGAGCGCUAUGAUGCCUCAGGUUUUGCCGAGAAGUGGGCUCAUAAGUGGUGCUGCAUAGACCCAUUUACACCCUUGAAGGCGGGCCAUGCUCAUGUCUGGCACGAAAGGUGGGGAGAGAAGUACAAUGGCAGGGGCAGUAGCAUGAAAUACACAGACAAGUGGGCUGAACGACUAGAGGAUGAUGGAUGGACAAAAUGGGGUGACAAGUGGGAUGAGUCAUUUGAUGACAAUGGACACGGAGUGAAGCAAGGAGAGACAUGGUGGCAAGGAGCACAUGGAGAACACUGGAACCGCACUUGGGGUGAAAGGCACAAUGGCUCUGGUUGGAUACAUAAGUAUGGAAAGAGCAGCAGUGGCGAGCAUUGGGACACUCAUGUGCAGCAAGAGACCUGGUAUGAGAAGUACCCCCAUUAUGGUUUUGAACACUGCUAUGAGAAUUCUGAGCAAUUGAGGCAAGUUCAGAAGCCAAAGAGGACUGAACUCUGAGCUGCAGAAAGUGUGUUGUUCUAUUUGAAUUUUGACCUUCGGUUCUUGCUUUCAGCAUCUGGAAUUCCUGUAGAGUUGUAAAAUAGGCAUGAUAUCAUUACUUGGAGAUCACUAUAUGCUAGCAGAAACAAUAUAAUCUUGUCGUACUCUUAUUGUCAA